GAGGAGGGAACCGAAGCAGGAAGGAAGGCAGGCGGUCACAGAGGGAAGGGAAGGCAGGCUGUGAAUGCUAACGAGCGGCGUCAUAAUCCCGGCGCUCCGUAGGUAGCGGAGUUAGAUUUUAUUUUUUGUGUUUUUUCUUCUAAAAAAAGGCGUCUCGGCGCUGAGAGGAGCAGCGGCCGCGUGUAAACACCGACUAUGCGCCAGUGCCGCCUUCGCCCUGCGCGCGUGCAGCAGCCUCACCGCCGCCCGCACGUUUGAUCAGAAGGGAAGAAAAAAAAAACUGGUCUUUUUUCCGCUGAGUGAAAUGUAUCGAGACUGCUCGCGACUCACAUUCUGACAAUGGAGAUUGAAAACAUCGUGGCCAACACGGUUCUCCUGAAGGCACGGGAAGGUGGAGGAGGGAAGAGGAACGGCCGCAGUAAGAAAUGGAAGGAGAUGCUAAAACUGCCCCACAUCAGCCAGUGUGAGGAGCUGCGCCGCUCAAUCGAGAGGGACUACACCAGUUUAUGUGAGAAGCAGCCCAUCGGUCGGCUGUUAUUCCGUCAGUACUGUGACACCAGGCCGGAGCUGAAGCGCUGCAUCGAGUUUAUGGAUACUGUGGCCAUGUACCAGCUAGCUCCUGACGAGAAGAGGAGGGACUAUGGACUGAAUGUUUUAGACACAUACUUUAAUAAUGGGUCGGCCGCCCAUCUGCCAGACGUACCCCAGGAAAUGGUCGCCGGGUGUCGGGAGAAGCUGGAGCAGAGUCCAUGUAAGGAGCUCUUCAAUGACUGCACCAAAAUAGUUCGUGAUUAUCUGGGUGGAGCUCCAUUUUCCUCUUACCAGGAGUCCAUGUACUUCUCUCGCUUCCUGCAGUGGAAAUGGUUGGAGAGGCAACCAGUAACCAAAAAUACCUUCAGACAUUACAGAGUACUAGGAAAAGGUGGAUUUGGCGAGGUUUGUGCCUGCCAAGUACGUGCCACCGGUAAGAUGUACGCCUGUAAAAAGCUGGAAAAGAAACGAGUGAAGAAAAGAAAAGGUGAAGCAAUGGCACUAAACGAAAAACGCAUUUUAGAAAAAGUUAACAGUAGUUUUGUAGUUAGUCUAGCAUAUGCCUAUGAGACCAAGGAUGCGCUGUGCCUGGUGUUGACCAUAAUGAAUGGCGGGGACUUGAAGUUUCAUAUCUACAACAUGGGCAACUCUGGCUUUGACGAGCAGAGGGCCAUCUUCUAUGCUGCUGAGAUCUGCUGUGGCCUUGAGGACCUGCACCGUGAGAGGAUAGUCUACAGGGAUUUGAAACCUGAAAACAUCCUUCUGGAUGAUCGUGGACACAUCCGAAUUUCAGACCUGGGCCUCGCUGUUCAGAUCCCUGAAGGAGAGACGAUACGAGGGCGAGUGGGCACCGUUGGAUACAUGGCACCCGAGGUGAUCCAGAACGAGAGCUACACCUUCAGCCCCGACUGGUGGGGGCUGGGCUGCCUGAUCUUUGAGAUGAUACAGGGCCAGUCGCCCUUCCGCAAGCGCAAGGAGCGGGUCAAGCGGGAGGAAGUGGACCGACGAGUGCGCGAGGACCAGGAGGAGUACUCCGAUAAGUUUGUGGAGGAGGCGAAGGACAUUUGCAGACAGCUCCUGACUAAGGACCCUAAGGAGCGACUGGGUUGUCAGGGUCGAGGGGCCAUAGAGGUCAAACAGCACCCCAUCUUCAGGAACAUCAACUUCAAACGACUGGAGGCCAACAUGCAGGACCCUCCCUUUAGCCCUGAUCCCCGGGCCGUGUACUGUAAAGACGUCCUGGACAUUGAGCAGUUCUCCACCGUCAAAGGCGUGAACCUUGACCCCACAGAUGACGACUUCUACUACAAGUUUGUCACAGGCAGCGUCUCCAUCCCGUGGCAGAACGAGAUGAUUGAGAUGGAGUGCUUCAAAGAAAUCAACGUCUACGAGACCGACGGGACGCUGUGCUCCGAUCUGGACGUGAAUCGGCCUAAUCCUCCACCAAAGAGAGGCUUCUUCUACCGCCUGUUCAGAAGAGAGGCAAGUGCUAGUGCUCCGGCAACUGUCCGGGGGGGUGGGGGCUAAGGUCUGUUUUAAGAGCGGUUACAGUGAUGACGAGAUCGAGGAGCCCUCGCGACUUUAAACCACUCCUUCCUCCUCCUCCCGCCUCUAUCCGCCGAACUUCACCACAAACUCCAACCGAGCGCAAAUCUUAGGAACUCAGUGAAUGUUGACCUGUAUUUAUGAGCUGUAUUAAAAGUGUAUUAUAAUUAAAGCUAAAAGUAUGAGUUUAAAGAUUUUGUACAUUUGUACUUGAAUUUAUGUCUAGAUGUAUAUUUUCACUAAAGGUUGUAUUGUACAAAAAGCCAUAAAAGUACCACUUGAAUGCAUAUAUUACGUUUUGAUUUCCUUUUUUUUUCUUUUGGAAUGAGUAUGGAUAAUGUGUAUCGGGGAGUUUUUUUUAAUUUUUUUUUAAGCACAGUAAUAACUGUUUUUUUUCUUUUUUUUUUCCUCAAUGUAGCAUCAUGCCUUUUUUAUUUUAUUUUUAUACAUGUGCUGUGUUUGUCAUUGAUUUGGUCAACAUGACGUGUUUUUAGCAGAUUCACCCGGUUCCCAAACUAACCGAUAGCCUCGGCCCCCCCCCCCCCCAAAACACACCCAGGGCGAUCUGAGAGAAGCGCAUUGAACCAAAUACUAUUGGGGGGAAAAUAAAUCCAGUCCAGUGUAGUUGUUUUGAUGCCGCCACUUCCUAAUUAAAAUUAGUUCUGAAGUGAUAAUCCACAUCUUUCUCUUAACCCAGUCAGUUAGGUUGCACUGGAGUGUCUAUCGUGUGUAGUAAACCAUCUUCUAGGGUCCUGGACCAGCUCAAUUUCAGCGGAGAUGCUUGGAUUUGAUUCUAGACAACAUGGAGUCAGCAAGUGCAAUAAUUGGAAUAUUCAAAGUAAAUGUGGCAGGGGCCUUUUCUGUCAACGGAAGGGCCGAUAUUAUAUCCAAUUAGAAUUAUCAUUCUUGUUCUUAAUAGAUUUCUUAUGGUGUUUUAAAAGGCUCAGAUCUUUUCAUUUCAGAUGUCAGGCUGCGUUUCCUUCAGAAGAACAGCUGUUGAGUUAGUCUGUUACAUUAUUCACUCAGGCAAACAUCUUUUCUGGUUAUCUUUUAUUCCGCAUUCUUUUUUUUUUUCUUUCAUUUUUACAGCUUCUUUUGUUGUGCUACUUGGGUUAUACUUUUGUUUUGGUCUUUCCUGAUGUGUCCAUUUUUUGUCAUAAACCGGUUUCGUGUGCUGAGCGGAAUUCCUUUCACUUAAAAUAUCUUAGUAAUUUGCCACCCGUAUUUACAGUGUACCAGGAAUGUUGCUGGAGUGGGAACACAUGACUGAUGAUGAUGAUGGUGGCGGCGCUGUUUAAGAUAAUCUGGUCUGCAGUUACGAGGUCUUCAUCUUGACAAGCAAUUGCUGUUGCAUCAAACUGGCGGACAUGGAACAUUGGCCUGGCACGAGGCCUCCUGGUAGACGUUCGCCCCCGCGGCUUCGGCUGUGUUUGUAUUGGAUGAAAAUACCAUUUCUUAAUCGUAAUAUUCCAUUUCAAAAACCUGUAUGUAGUUAUGACGUAGGAGUUGCUUGGGGCAAUUGUGUGUGUGUGUGUGGACUGAGGGGAACGGGAAUAACGUUCAUUAGCAUAUUGCGGGUAGAGUUUCCAUCAUGUGUGUACAGGAACAUUCGUCCACUUGCAGAGCCACAGUGGCUGUGCACUUUAGUGUCAUCAAAGACUAAGUGCUUACUUCCCAGUUAAUUGUUUUUCCUCAUUUGCAUUUCGGAGGCAUUUGAAGCCGUUUUGCUUUUGAGGAAGUCGCUGUUUACGCCCAUCACCUGUUUUAAUGCUGUGAAUAACUAAUCUGGACAUGUUCACUUUGUGUCUGUGUGUGUGUGUGUGAUUAUUUUUCAUUGUGAGCAAAUAAACAGUCUGUUCAGUCCACCGCGAUUAAGUACAACAAUACAAUAGUGACACUCAUUUGAAUUUAAAACCAUUUAAGACCGUACACGUAAAAUGGUACGCAUGUUAUUCCCCAUCCUUAAAUCUAAUUUGGAUAGUUGGCUUGUUCUAAAAAAUGUUGUCCCCUGUUGCACAUUCCAUUUUUAAAAAUCAAGAAUCGAAUGCGUGCAUCUGUUGCUUUGAUUCGUUUGAUCACUUAAGUUUCUGAGUGUCUUUGUUUUUGUUGCUCUCAGGCACAUUUUGAAGCUGAUUUCUCUUGCCUAUGUAGAUUUAAGCCUUUUAGCUCUUUAGCCUCAAAAACCUUGUAAAUGAUGUAUUUCUAAGAUGUAACUAGCUCACACUCACUCUCACGGGGAAACUAAACUGUGUUUGCCACCCAUGCCUCUGUCAUUGUUUGAACGUUGCUCUUCUAGCACCCAUAUAGCAGUAAAGAGUCAGUUUAGUUUCAUUGCACUAUGGUGUGUUUUGACAAUGACUAUAGGAAGUGUCUUUAACCUUUUUUUUUUUAUUGCCAAUGAUACCAAAAGCAACAUCAAGGAAAUCAAACCUGUCUCGUGGGACAGGUUGGUCUGAAAAUGUUCCUGAAGAAAGACUGAUAGCCUUUAUUAUAUGUGCCAAUUACCAAGUUAAGUUCUGACGUCCCGCCUUUUUUUCCAAUCAUUCCGUCCAUUCUGAGAGAAAUUCCUUCACGUAAAGGAACUUUAAACGGCUCAACGGUUUUGAAUGUCCGCACUAAGUGCAUUGUAAUGCCUGUUUAAAAAAAAAAAAAAAAAAACAUAUGUUUUAUUACUCAAGCAUGUAUUGGUUUGUAAUACUUCAGAUUCCUUGUAUAUGUAAAUGAUGACCUUCUAGAGCCAACAUAUCUCACUGGUAUGGGAGGACAACUUUAUAAUUGGCAAGGUGACCAGCUGAGUCGGCCCCCGUUUAAAAGCCCAGCAUGCAUUCCUUCCCUCCCGCCUCCCUCCAAGGCAGUGAUGCCGAGUCUCUCCCUAAAAGUUGGCAUGGCGCUCACCAGCAACACUUCGAAGGGAGAGAUCCUCAGUUCCUUGAUGUCAGUAGUCUGGUUUCUGGUUCUCAAGGGUGUCACACUUCUGGCCAGGAAUAUCAGAUAAGCGGUUGUUUCAAGGGGGAAAAAAGGAGGGAGAAAUGCCACGUGCAUUAUUGGUAUUUAAACGGGGCCUGGGACUGAUUUUUCUCCUGUUCGUUUUUUUUUUUUUAUAUCUGUACAGUCAUGUCGUUCAACCACUGCAGUCAUUGUUAAUUCUUGUACAAGUUGUAUCACUGGUUGUUGUACCAUAUCUGACAUUUGUAAUUAUGAAAUAAUACACUGCCAUUUGUAUAAAAAUACUUGUCUUGA